AUGAGCGCCACGGGCCGUGUCCGGCUACCCGACGCUCCUGCGCCAGGCAUGUUCCAGGUGAUCUCGCUUGGCGACGGCGGCAGCACCACCACCACCAACAGCAAUGGCAACCAGGUUCGGGAAUACAAACGUCGCCGGCCCCACAAGAAGACACGGUCGGGAUGCUUGGGCUGCAAGCAGAGGCGAGUCAAGGCAGAGGGCGGCCAAAAUGGAGCUACAUCAGCCUCCAGAACCAACAGACUCACAGCUAUCCGUUCGGAGGCGAGGCAUGUUCCGCCCUCGCCGGAGGGCGGCAACUUUUCCAUUGGACCGGGACACGCCGGCCAUAACAGAUACCACGCGUCAGGUAACGCCUUAGUACCAUCUGGGACCACCCCACUGGUUCCCCCGCUCCGGCUCGUGCGGGUCCAGCCGUUUCAAGUCACUAGUCAAGAGCUUGGGACACCCUCGAAUGAGCUCUUCUACCACUUCGAGGUGACGGGCAAGGACCUCUUUGGGAUGCCCAACUUUAUGGGGCCCAUUCUCCCACUAGCACUGCAGUUCCCGCAUCUUCGUGGCACCGCACUGGCCUCGGCCGCUGCACACCUUACCCAUAAGGCACCUGGCUUCAAAGCGUAUCACAUUGCCAAGCACUACCAGCAAACUAUUGCAUUGCAAAACUACCAGACGGCUCUCUCGACACCGUUCGCUGUGCAGGGCCAGCUCGGCGUUGAUGUGUUGCUCAUCACCGCCAUGCUCAUGAACAUGUUGUCGUUCGUUAUGCCCUUGGAUGAAAAUGAGGCCCAUAUUGUAUGGGACGGCAGCAUGCCUGGCCCUCCACCGCCGUGCGCCGAUCCAGAUCCCGACCCGCGCCGGUCAUGGGUCUUCAGCCCGCACCCCAAUCGCCUCGGCUGGUUAGCGCUGCAGAUGGGCUUAACACCGCUUCUCAUUGCCACAGCACCGUGGCGUGAAAAAAGCCGGCUCCGUCUGCUGUUUGCCAACUCAGACGACGAACAACGCACCCUGUCAGGCACGUGGCAGAGCCUUCGCCGGGUUCCGCAGCCAUGGCUGGACCUCUUUGGCUUACAGCGCGAUGCGACGCCACGGCCAAACUUCCGGCGCGGCGGUGUCACCACACCGGCAGCGACUCCGACCCCGACCCCAACCUCAUCCAUACCUCAACCUCACAAUCAAACAGGUGACUACGCUGGCAUGGACACCGACGGCAGGCCGCAUGUCAAAACGCCACGGUCUGGGCGAUCGACGCCCGGUGCGGUUGGUAGCGGGCCCGGCACGCCAGGUAGUACUACGAGCACCAAUACCACAACCACGACCGCAUCCACGACGUCUUCCGGUGUCGAGGACACCAUAAGUGAAGCCGAUCGGUUAUACCGCGCGCCACUUCGCGUCGUAGCGGAGCUCAUACACAUGCCGCCCAACGACCGCACGUUACUGCAGUACUUCCAGUUCAUUGGACAGCUCGACAAUGGGUUCCGCCAGAAGCUGCUCGAGCGCGACGAAAAGGCAUUGUGGCUAUUUGGCAUGUGGAUGGGUCUACUGUGCCGGUUUAGCAACGUAUGGUGGACGCGGCGGCGAUCGCGGUGCGACUUCCGUGCCAUCCGUCUAUGGCUGCACCUGGUGGGUGUUGGCCAGCGACCGGGUGUCGACGGCCAGCUGUGGCGCACCUUGCUCCAGGACUUGGACAACACCUGGGGUUACCACUUUGAAUCUGACCCCAUCAUGCGACGCAUGUAG